AUGACUCGGAGGUUUACCAUGACGCCGAACUCCCGGAACUCUAUAAAGACGCCUAUUUCUGGAAUGAAGGUUGCACCAUUUCCAAGAUACUCUGUGGCAGGUGAUGAGAUUAAGAGAAGAGACAUGAGGAUGGUUAGAGAAAAAGGAUACAGGCAGCAAUGUGUUGACACUAUUCUGAAGUUUCUAGUAGAGAAUGGAUAUGAUGGGCAGGUGUCGCAGAAGAUUUUGCACAACCCGUCUUCAAAGGACUUCCAGAGCAUAUUCAAGUUUCUAUAUGGAUUUAUCGAUGACUUUAUGUUUUCCUCAAGAUUUGAAGACGAGGUUGUGAUGGUUAUGAAGAACUUAAGGUAUCCAUAUUGUGGAGAGAUUACAAAGAGCCAGCUGAGUGCAAUAACUCCACAUACGUGGCCUGUGAUUUUAAGCAUGUGCAGUUGGGUGGUGGAGCUGAUAGGCCAUGGGGCAUCUCUUCUUCAACAAGAGGAGGAGAAGAGUGUUGAAAGUUGUUUCUUUGAGUAUGUCUGUGAUGGAUACAUGAGAUUCAUGGAAGGGGAUGAAGAUGACGCUGGGCUUGAGGAGGAGUUUGAAAGGAAAGUCACCGAGAUAUACACUGGGAUGUUCAGGGAGAUUGACCGGAAGAAGGACGAGCUCGCUAGGAUUGAAGAAAUGAUAAGUGAGUCCAGAAAGAUUGCAGAAAGCAGGGGAGAGUUGGAUAGAAAGAAGAAGGAGCUGACCGAUGACCUGAACAUGCUAAUAGCCUCUGAGAAGCAGCUUGAGGGAAAGAAGAGGAAGUAUCUAGGAACUAUUAAUAAGCUAUCUGAAGACAUUAUGAGAAUCGAAGAAGAGAUCGAAGGUCUAAAAGCUCAAGAAGAAGGGCUAAGAGCACAAAUAACGAAGCAGAAGAUCAAUCCCGAAGAUGUAAAGGAAAUGAAUGCUGAGAAGAUAGAGCUAUUCAAAGAGCUUGAGAGGAUGAAGCCUGAAAAGGAAGGGCUCAUGAAGGAAGUAGGGGAGCAAGAGAGGGAAGCUCAGGAAAGGGUUGAAGAGGUUGAGAAACUUUUCUUUGAUCUUAAGGGUCUUAGAGACGAGAUUUCGCUAAGGAUUGUGAAGGAUGCGAAAGGAGGAAUUAAGGUGAUGAACGAAGUAAAUGGAGAGGUGUUUGAUAAUGGGAUAUCUGAUGUGAUUAUGGGACUUGAAGAGGAACUGAAUGGCAAGAACGAUGUUCUCGUGGCAGCAGAGAUGAAUAGAAGUAUGCUUGAGGAGGCAAAGGGUGAGAAAGAGAGUGUGGUCAACGAUCUAAACAGUAGGCUUAAAUAUUGUAGUGAUAAACUUGUGAUGGCUGGAAAGUUGUAUUUGGAGAAGAAGGAGAUAUCUGAAAAUGAGCAGAGAAAGAGUAAGACAGAGAUGGAGCUACUUGAGAAUGAGCUUCUGAAGCUCAACUUGGAAUCCAAUACAUCCCUGCUGAUGAGUGAGCAAAAGCUGCAGAAAGCCAAGAUAGUUCUUGACAGAACACUUAAUUCUAUAAAUUAUGAAAGAGAGGAGAUCAAUAAGAUGAUAUUCAGCUUCUACAAUGCAGUGGUUGAUUUGCAUGGAUCGAUCCAGUCCCAGGUAGGCGAUCUCCGGGCUUUACUCAACAGAUGA